CCAAGCUCUCGUUAUGACUUGAUGAUUUGAUGCAUUGUGAUAAGCACGAGCAUUGUUAGUCGAUUUUUUAAGUCUCAUGUAGAUCGCAUUGAUUGACUCAAUGCUCCUAUCAUUAUCACACACUUACAGACCGACACAGUUACUCCACUCGACUCUUCGAGGACAUCAUGGCUGAUUCGGACGAAGAGUACGUUGGCGAAGUUUCCGACGAAGAAAACGAUGUCAACGGUAUCCGAUAUGCCCGGGAAACGGCGCCUGUCUCCCGUCCUAAACGGAGAAAGCAGCGCGGGGGUGCUGAAUGGGAGGUUUCGAGGACUUGGGAGACCUUGGUCGAGGGUGCUGAUGGCACAAUCAGCUCUACUGUUGAAGGACUUUUAGAAGCCGGGAAAAGGAAGAGACUUUUAAGAGAUACAACACCAUUGCAACGUGGUAUAAUCCGGCAUCUCAUCUUGAUUCUGGAUUUGUCCCAGUCUAUGGCCGAGAAAGAUCUAAGGCCGACGCGAUACCUUCUUUCCCUGCGAUAUGCACAAGAAUUCGUGCGGGAAUUUUUUGAGCAGAAUCCCAUAUCCCAACUUGGCGUGCUUGGCUUGAGGGAUGGUCUUGCAAUACGGGUCAGUGAUAUGAGUGGCAACCCUACGGAGCACAUCAGUGCUAUACAGGCUCUGAGGGAACAUGACCCCAAGGGCCUUCCUAGCUUGCAGAACGGGCUUGAAAUGGCGCGUGGUGCUUUAUUUCAUACUCCUAGUCAUGGAACCCGAGAAGUAUUUGUGAUCUUUGGAUCUCUCCUUUCCUCCGAUCCGGGCGAUAUACAUCAGACGAUCACCACGUUGAUAAAUGACAAGAUCCGUGUCAGGAUUGCUGGUUUGGCCGCUCAGGUGGCUAUUUGUCGUGAACUCUGCUCUAGGACUAAUGCAGGUGACGACACCACGUAUGGCGUGGCGCUCAACGAGCAGCACUUUCGUGAAUUAAUGAUGGAUGUAACGACACCCCUCUCCCUUUUGAUGAUGGGGUUUCCGUCCCGUACUGUCGAGUCGUGUCCCUCUCUGUGUGCAUGUCAUUCUAAACCAUCUUGCGGAGGGUACUUCUGUUCACGAUGCAGUAGCAAAGUCUGUGGGCUCCCUGCUGAAUGCCCCUCUUGCGGUCUUACACUUAUACUGUCAACGCAUCUUGCGCGAUCUUAUCAUCAUCUGUUUCCGCUCAUGAACUGGGUUGAGGUUCCCUGGCAACGUGCCUCACGCAGUUUGACAUGCUUUGCCUGCGGCAUAUAUUUCCCUACGGUACCUCCUAAAGACCAGUGGCAAGCUACGGAGUCCCAGGCAAAAGGGAUGAGUGUCAGCAGUCGCUAUGAGUGUACAGUUUGCAAAAAUCACUUCUGUAUUGAUUGUGAUCUUUUUGCUCAUGAAGUUGUGCACAAUUGCCCAGGCUGCCAAAGCGGGAUUAGUGGGCUGGCCGUGGCUGACCGGCCUGGGGGUCAGACUAGCACAGAGGAAAUGGACACCUCAACAUAA